UCAGGCGGAUCGGAGGGAGCAAUAAACCGAGCAGUGGAUGCGUGCAGAGGCUUUGCACAGACUUUGUGGUCAGCGUCAAAGGCCAAAUGAGAUCCUCCCUGUCCCCGUUGGCAACAAAAUGGACGAUCGGCCCAGACUCCUGGCAGUCACAGACGGCCGCCAUCUUUAUUAGGGUCACUGAGCCACAGAUAUUAUAAGAAGAUUUACAGUCAAGAAACUGAAACCAGACAACUCAUUAAAAUUUGACAGUGCCCUUUGAUUCAACAGUAUGUGAGAUGUUAUUGGCAUCUGAAUAUAUGAGCCAAUAUUGCCAAUCCCCAGUUGCGUGUGGUGAGGAUGAUUUUUGACCUUCUUGAACCGCUGCAGUCCAUAUGAUGAAUGUGCUCCCACAGCAAGGUUGUUAGAAAGGGAAGAUUGUCAGUCGGGGAAGUCAAACCAUCAUGACGUCGGGAUCCAAUAUCAUUCGGACUCUGAACAUGGAAAGAGAAAGCACCAUUCACAGUUUGGAGAAACCAUACACGUGUCCUGUGUGCAAGCGACGUUUCAGCCGAUCUUGUGACCUAUCGAGACACAGGCGGUGUCACACCGGGGAGAAACGGUGGGAAUGUAGAGACUGUGGGAAGGGAUUCCGAUCCCCAUCUGAACUGGAAAGGCAUCGGCGCAUUCACACUGGAGAGAGACCAUUCACCUGCUGUGAGUGUGGGAAAGGUUUCAACAAUUCGUCUAACCUACUGAAUCACCAGCGGGUUCACACUGAUGAGAGACCUUUUAAAUGUCCUGACUGUGGAAAGUGCUACAAAAGUCCUGGGGACCUGAUGUCCCAUCAACUUGUUCACACUGAGGAGAGACCGUUCAGGUGCUCUCACUGUGGGACUAGGUUCAAGCGUUCAUCUGAAUUUAGUGUCCACCAGCGCACUCACACUGGGGAAAGACCAUUCACUUGUACUGAGUGUGGGAAGGGAUUCACUCGGUCAUCCCACCUACUAACACACCGACAAGUUCACAGUGACGAGAGAGCAUUCAGAUGCCAGGAGUGCAAGAAGUGCUACAAAAGUUCUCGGGAACUGAUGUCCCACCAACGUGUUCACACAGACGAGCGACCUUUCAAGUGCUCCCACUGCGGACUUGCAUUUAGACAAUCAUCUCAACUCUCUGUACACCAGCGAGUUCACACUGGGGAGAGACCAUUCACUUGCGCUGAGUGUGGGAAGGGAUUCACUCAAUCGUCCCACCUACUGAGACACAAACGAAUUCACAAGUAAUUACAAUAAUUGGAUUUUGCUGUGAAUUACAUCCAGGACUGAACCUUGUUCAUUGGGGUCUAUUUCUGUUGAUGUCAAUUAUUUCAAACCCCGUUAUACAUGUUAAUAUUUUGGAUAAAAGUCAAUUUUUUGUUAAACACACCAUGCAGAGUCAUUUUAAUAGCUUUAAAACAAGUUAGUUACUUUAGAAGGGCUAUCCCUCUCCCCGUCUUCUCCACCCUUACUUGAGGAGCUCAUAGAGCUUCUUUGUCACUGAGACUGAGACUGUCUAAUCAGCUACCUCUGCUGUAUCCCUCCCUUCCAACAAAUUUUACAUUCUCUGUCUUUCUCUCCUUAAAUCCCAGUCCUGUAUGAUUCUUGUAUCCACAUUUAAUUUGAUGAUUCGUUGCUGACAUCAAAUUUCAUGAGAAACUCAAUUUUGUUGUAUAUUGCUGUGGCAGACUAUAGGAAAUGGGAUGUAGUAUAGUAAGAAGGUGCCAAGAUCAAGUGGCUGGAAGUUUAACUCCAGGAGUUGCUUCAGGUACAAUUUUGAUCCCAUUACCUGAGGAGGGAUGUAGAUGAAUUGAAGGCAGUUCAGAGGAGGUCUACUGAUUCACUUAAUUGAUUCCAGACCGGAGGGGUUUGUCUUGUGAAGUGAGAUUGAGCAGUUUAAGCAUGUACUCUCAUAGUUUAGAAUAAUGAGAGGAGAUCAAUUUGACAUAUAAAUGAUGCUCAAGCAGAUUGAUAACUCAACAUGGACAGGAUGUUUCCUCUGUCUGGCUAUCUAGAAUGAGAGCUCAUAGUUUUAAGUAGGGGGUAGCAGAUUUAAAACAGACAUGAGGUGAAAUUACUUUUCUCAAUGGGUCGAGAAUCUGUGGAAUUCACUCCCUCAGAGUGCAGUGGAUGCUAGACAUUGAGUAAAUUUAAGGAGGUGAUAGACAGGUUUUUAAUUAGUGAUGGGUUGAAAGAUUAUGGAGAUCAGGCGGGAAAGGGGAAUUGAACCCAAGGUGAGAUCAGCCAGAAUCAUAUUAAAUGGAGGUGCCGGCUUGAGGCAGCAAACUGUCUGCUCAUGCUCCAAGUUCUUAUGUUGUCAGGUUUUCUCAAGUCUACUGCAGCUGUAAGAUUUUGUAAAAUGAAACUGUUUGUGAAAGCUCAUACACCCAUACCAAGAGCAACAGCCUUGUGAUAAGAGGAAAACAGGACAAGUAUAAAAUACACAGAACAUCAUGUGAUUAAUUGAACUGAGUAUUUUUCACAUGAACUGUGUCUGGGCACAGGGAGGGGCUCAUAAAAGAAUCUUUCAAGAAAGUGCUGUGCCCCGGAGAGAAACCAGAAACUAUGAUUUCUUCUCUUUCAAAAUCCCAAAACAUAUUCUCAUUGCAAUGAUAAAACUGGGGAGAACAUGGGCUAUUAAUGGACCAAUGGUGUGUUUCUACAAAUUGCCUGUUUUGUGGAUAGUUUUUAAGGAUGCCUUAAAGGAGUGGUGAUUUUAAUGAAUCUGUUUUAACAUGUUAUGACAUCUCUCAGGGGAAAGUGUUUUUCUCUGGCCACAAAUACUGCACCACAAGUCUUUUCAAGUUUCAUUGAUACCAGGAUUUAAUUGUCUUCCACAUUAUUAACUGUAUUCUGAGUUUGGAAUAAAUGCAACAAUUAAUCAUUUCAUUGUGUUUUUGAGCAACCUACUAUCGAUUUAAAGAUUUAAUGAA